CAAUAAAUUAAAACUAAAGGGGAGUGAUGGUUUCACUUUUGAUUUUGUUUUGUUUGGACUGAGUAUGUUUUUAAAAUAAGAAAACAGCUGGAAUUUUUAACGUUUAACUUUUCUCCCAUGUCACACGUAUUAAACAUGGCAUCCAUAAUCGCAAAUAAAUUACUUUGUCCGUCAGAAAUUUGUAAUUAUUUACAUUAAUUUUCCUUGCUUUUUAAUAAGAGGUUAUUCUACUAUUUUUAUUACGCAAAUGCCUAAAAAAUGAGUAAAUCUUUAAGAAAUAGCCAAACUAAGCAAAGAUCUUCAUCAACAAAUUAUAUUUCAUUACAUUUCAACAAGGCGGAUGAAGAACAAUUAGAAAUAAGUUAUGGGGAUAAAGUUGAUGUCGAGGAGAAAUCUAAUGAACAGGAGAUAGUUACAAAAAAUGCUUCGAGUCGAGAAAAAUUGCCAAAUUCUGAUGGGUCAAAAGAUAGUGGUGAUAAUGCUUCUUCUGCUACAGCUAAUGAUGAUUUUGAAGAGUUAUCAUUUCUAAAAAGCAAACUAUCUUCUAAAGAUUCAAAUCGAGAUUCAGUUGUUAAAGAAUAUUGGUCCCGAUUAAGUAAAAGAAGUAGUUUAGAUUCAGAUUUGGCGAUUUCAGAUAAGAAUCCUGAUCAAAAUGAAGGUUGGAUGUUUUUUAAAGAUAUUAAAGGUAAAUUAACGAAAACCUUAGAAGAACGUAAACAGCUAAAGGAUGGUACUAGAGGUAAAAUUGUUAGUUCUGAAUCUUUAGGCAGUUUUACCAAAGAAGAUUAUGACCGUUUAUCAACUGAAGGAGAUAAAGAAAGGGAUAAAAGCCUUCAGCUUAGCCCUGCUAUUGAAGUUUUGGAUGGAGAUAAAUUAGACUCAGAAUUUGAAAGUUAUGUUGAAGGGGAGUUACAAAGGGUGAGAAAUGAGAUACUUUCUCCUAAAGGGGAUAAGUUACCUUCAUCUGACAGUUUUAUUGAAAGUACUCCUCAAACUAUGACCAGUCAAGCUGUUAGUGAAAUUCAUCGCCUUGUUGUUCCGAAACCUUCAGUAAAAGAACCUGCUUCCCAGAUAUCAGAUAAAGUGUUCAAUGAUGAAUAUAAUAACAGAAAUUACCUACUUGAAAUUGCCAAUGUUAUUAAGAACUUCUGUACCUCAGUGAAACUGUAUUGGAAUAGUUUAUUGUCUCGUUUAUUAAUUGCUGUGUUUGCUCUUUGCCUUGUUCCUGUUCCUUCAUGGUUUUCUGGGUUUAUUGCUGGUGCAUUUUUAUCAGGCUAUAUUGUGUACCAGUUACUGAAAAAUAGUAAACCUAAAGAAAAAUUAAUCAUUCCAGAAUUCAAUCAAACCCCUAAUGUUGAAGAAGCUGAAGAAACUAUUAUUUAUAAAGGAUGGAUGAAUGAACUUCCCUGUGACAUUGUGUAUAAUCCAGAGACUUAUCAUGUGAAUUGCACUCGCUCGAUCUACGUCCGUCUCGAUGGCUCCUAUCUAAGAGUUUCCUAUCCACAAACCAACAUUCCCAAGCGUGCCAUGUACAAUGAGCCUCGCUAUGACAGGCAGUUUAUUCAUCAGCAACAUUAUGAUAUAACUUCAGCUACUGUUGAAUUGUUACCUGUUGGACUAGCUAGAAAAAGAUUGUGGAGUAAGAAAUAUCCCAUUUGUUUGACUGUAUCAAAUCCGAAACAAUCCAUUCCAUCAAGUGGUACUAAAGAUGCAAAUGAUUCUAACUCAACUCCCAAACCUUCUACUAAAAAAGAUUCACCUGUGAAAAAACUGACACCACGCACCAACGAAAACAACGAAGUCAUCUUAAUCCUCUUUUCUCGCACCGACAGAGAUAAGGAUCUGUGGUACUACAGAUUUAAAAAAGCAUCGAGAAUAAAACUAUUAAAAAACCAUUCCCCAUUAUCAUCCCCAGACCUUACUCAUAGCGAAAUUCAUAAUUUAGAAAAUAAGAGAACAAUAUCUGCAGAGUUAGAUUCUUUACAAAUAGACUCGUUAGAAAAUGAAGAUUUUGUGGAUCUGUCCAUGUCAAAGCAACAAAAGUUUGAGUUGUACAUGUCACGCUUAUUAGCUCCUCUGCGCUCAGACCCAUUUCUGGUGAACCUCAAAGAUAAAAAGAGCGGAAGUGCAAAAUCUACAUCCCUGAAUAGUAUGUCAUGGCUAAAUGUAUUGAUCGGGCGUUUAUUUUUUGAUUUUUUGACGGAAGAUAUGUGGGCCCAGUGUGUAGCUGAGAAGAUUCGAAAAAAGUUGAGUAAACUGAAGCUGCCUGUUUUCUUAACAGAGUUAAGCAUAAAAGACAUCAAUCUGGGAACUGCAUUGCCCAAAAUUCAUAGAGCAUCUGAACCUACUAUUGAUCACAGAGGCAUCUGGAUUGAUAUUGAUGUCUCAUACAAUGGCUCAUUCCAAAUGACCUUAGAAACAAAACUCAAUCUGCUGAGGUAUAGGUGUGAUCCAGGUGACCUUUCCUUAUCUGAAGUGUCCAGAGAAAGUAUUAAUCAAGAUCUUAGGUCUCCAGUUUACAACAACAGUGAUGAAGAGGAUAGUGCUGAAUCAUCAAGUGAUGAAGAUUUUCCUGCUCCAGAACCUCCGGAUGUAACUGAAGAAAGUUCAAAUCAAGCAGUAGGCGGGAGUGCAGGAAAGAAGUUCCUGAGACUUGUUGACAGAUUUGCUCAAUCAACAUACUUCCAACAUGCUGCCAAAAACAAGUAUAUAAAACGAGCUAUGGAAGAUAUUUCUAAUACGCCAUUAGUCUUAACUGUAGAAGUCCAAUGGCUUGCAGGAACUCUUGCUAUAAACAUACCUCCAAUGCCAACAGAUAGAUUAUGGUAUGGAUUUCGCACUAACCCUUAUUUAUCUAUCGUGGCUCGUCCAAAGCUUGGCCAUCACGCUGUCACUUUAACGCAUAUUACAGAAUGGAUAGAAAGAAAGCUAGUAUUAGAGUUUCAGAAAUUACUUGUCAUGCCAAAUAUGGAUGAUUUGAUCAUACCCAUCUUGCAGCCUGAUUUAGACCUUCCAAAAUCGUAAAAUGUUUUGGACUGUAUGUUUUCUAGUCUUUGUAAGGUGAUUUUUACAAGGAAGAAUGUUUUUAUAUCCAUUUAUUUCUGUUGUUACGAUAAAGAAGCUUUAAAUUUGUGAUAAAAAAAUGAAUACUUUAAUCCACCCACUGUAACGAGUGGUAGCUUUAAAUUAUAUAUAUAUAUUUGGUACUUAAAGGCAUAUUUGAUAAGUUUGCUAUUCAUAGAUGACUCUACUCUAAAAUGUUCGGGAAAAUAAAUUAUGAGCUUAGUAAUAAACAUAUAUACGCUUUUAAUGUGUUGAACGGAAAACUCUAAAUAAAUUAUAUGUAUUGACGAGUGGUGCAAAAUGUUUUAAUGGUUGGUGUGUUGAAAUCUUGUUUCCUAUUAAUAGUUAAAAUUAAUACAAAUGUAGAUGUCAAAAGUUUUUUGAUAAUUGAAGAUCAAGGGAGAAGAUCCAUUUUUUCUGAAAAUUUAAAUUUAUUCAUCACCUAUU